GUCAUAAAAACGGGGCCUACAAUCGUUAUCGCAAGGACACCGGCGAUCUCGCGCACCGCACCCAGUGAAUAUUGCGGAUAGUAAAGUGUAGGAAAAAAAAACAAAUUUUCGGCGUGAAGAAGGUGCGGGAGUGAUCAAUUGGGAUAAUAAGACCUUUUUUUAAGACUUCUCACAUGUUUUUAAAGUGUGCAAGAGUGAAUUUGUAUGGAUGUGAACGGAUGUAUUCGUGAUUUAAUCAUCGGAUUUACUAGAUAGUAGUCUGGCGCGGAUAGGAAGGAGUUUUUCUUUUAGAGAAGGUGUUCGGCGAUAGCUAGAGGAGGACAGUAUGAACGAAUUGGACUCUCUAAGACAAGAAGCGGAAACUCUUAAAAAUGCUAUUAGAGAUGCUCGUAAGGCAGCAUGCGAUACUUCCCUUGUACAGGCGACGGCCAGCCUGGAACCAAUCGGUCGAGUUCAAAUGCGCACGCGCCGCACACUCAGGGGGCACCUCGCGAAGAUAUACGCAAUGCAUUGGGGCUCGGACUCGCGCAACUUAGUAUCGGCUUCCCAAGACGGCAAGUUAAUCGUAUGGGACAGUCACACGACCAAUAAGGUACACGCGAUUCCCUUGAGGUCGUCAUGGGUGAUGACGUGCGCGUACGCGCCGUCCGGUAGCUACGUAGCCUGCGGCGGUUUAGAUAACAUCUGUUCAAUAUACAGUCUUAAAACUAGAGAGGGAAAUGUGCGAGUUAGUCGAGAACUUCCCGGACACACGGGCUACCUCUCCUGCUGUCGUUUCUUAGAUGAUAACCAAAUUGUCACUAGUUCGGGGGAUAUGAGCUGCGCCCUGUGGGACAUAGAAACGGGCCAGCAGGUCGGCUCCUUUUUGGGUCAUACCGGCGAUGUCAUGUCGCUUUCACUCUCGCCGGACAUGCGAACGUUCGUAUCGGGCGCCUGUGAUGCUUCGGCCAAGUUGUGGGAUAUUAGAGACGGCGGAUGUAAACAGACCUUCCCUGGACACGAGUCUGACAUUAACGCCGUUACGUUCUUUCCAAAUGGUCAAGCGUUCGCGACAGGCAGCGACGACGCGACUUGCCGACUAUUUGAUAUACGCGCUGACCAAGAACUAGCCAUGUAUAGCCAUGAUAACAUCAUUUGUGGCAUCACCAGUGUCGCCUUUAGCAAAUCGGGCCGUCUUUUACUUGCAGGCUAUGAUGAUUUCAACUGCAACGUAUGGGAUUCUAUGAAAACAGAAAGAGCAGGUAUUCUCGCGGGACACGACAACCGCGUCAGCUGUUUAGGCGUAACCGAGAACGGCAUGGCGGUAGGUACAGGUUCAUGGGAUAGCUUCUUACGUAUAUGGAACUAAGCAGUGUUGCCAAACUUUAGUGCUGUAUCGAACUGACAUCACGUUCUACUUAUCCUCUUCUGUUCCCCUCCCCCGUUAGUGCUAUUUUCUACUUUGUACAUAUUUGUGGGAUUAUAUCAUUUCUUAAUUUUACGCUCCUAGUUUUAUAUUUAUUGCAUUUGCUUGCACUGGUGUAUAAAUGGAAAAAAACGAAACCGCUUCGACUACUUCAAAGUUUUUGAAUCGUUCUGCAGAUGAAUUUGUUAAUGAGAUUUUUCCCGUUGUCGCUUGCAGUGUUGUAUCAAUUUUUUCCCCCUCCCGUUUAUUUUUAUUCCCGAAUUAUAUAUUAAUGUAACAAUGUUAGCAAAUGCCGCCAAAGUGUUUGUUAGUUCAUUUAAAUCUAGAUGUAAGUCUGAUACAGAAAUUUUUAAAAAAGACGUUCAAAUCAAGAGGCCGCACUUUAAAAAAAAACAAUAUCAAAAAGGAUUGGCAGAAGUACAAAAAAAAGCAUAAGACCAAUUUUAGAAAUCUGCCCCGUACGUUUCGUUUUACUCCCCUCUUCCUCGAUGGCACUAGUUUCAACUAGUCAAGGAACCAAAACACAGUUUUUAAAACAAAUUUCAGUGCCAUACUUAAAAAAAUGUUAAUAGUACAAUUGCUAAUCUUUAUACCUGUUCGUGAUCGUUGUUCUCCACUUGAACCAAAAAUAGUGAUAAUCGAUGUUGUACGAGACGAGACGAGGAGCGUCGACGAGCAGUUGAAUACAACUUACUGCCUCAACUGUUUCUCCCCCCUUCCCUCACUUAGUUUUGCGUUUUUUCGCUUCGCGCCAGACGAAUUCAGAUACCAUCACGACAUACAAUUCAAGUUUCGAAUGACGAUCCGAUCAGUAGUACUAAUAAUAAUAAUAAUAAUUCGUCUGGCAUGGGUGUUGUGGAUUUGAGCAGUUGUUUUAUAUUUUUAUAAUAAACGACAGGGACGUCGUCGCCUUAUUUUCUCAUUUCGCAAUUUACGUAGUGGUUCCAAUUUCGUUCGGUGCGAAAACACACACACACAAACACGUUAAAGUAGUUCUCAUUAUUGUUGAUAGGUGAAACUAUUCGAUGAGUAAAAUAGCUUUUUGCUUGUAAUGACGCGAGAAAGUGAUCCAUAUUAAUCACUCUUCUAUAAAUAUUUUAUAUGCCAAAAAUAUCUCACUUGUGUUAUUUUCGUGUGCACACUUUCUUAACGCGACUUCUUUUAUAUACAUAUAUAUACCGAGUAUGUUUCCAUUUAUCAUAUAUAUAAAGGUUGCUAUUUUUGAUGCGAUGUUUAGACGUGAUGGUAUCCUCUAAACGUUUUGAAACUGCCGAAAAUUUUUCCCGUGUAUACUUUCUAAAUAUCAUGUCAAGAAAUUGCUGUGUAUAUGUAAAUGGCUGGCAUAUGAAUUCUAAAUAAACGUAGGUUUAAUUUUUAAAUUAUUUAUAAAGAGAGAUGUGCAUUUGGAGCGAAUGUCUUUAUGUGAAUGAAUGGGUCUACGGUGAGGGUCUCGAAGGUGCCGUUUCAUUUUCCAAUUACUUGUGUAGCGGUGACCAAUUUGAUUUUAAAUAACGGGAUGACAAUCUUCCCGAACUAAGGGCUCACUAAUUGGUCACAGUUAUAUAAUGCGCGAUUCGUACAGAGCGAUGAAUCGAUUGGAAAAUUUGGUGGCGCCUUUUAUAUCAUUAGCCCCCAACCUUGAGGUCUCGCUUGACAGUAGAUCUUACGGCUGGACGAUUCGUAGGCGAGCGCGACUGUUUUUAUAUUAAAACUAAGUCAUGUCACACACAAUACAAUUUCAUUGAUAACCAAAACAAAUUUACAGUUUCCGCUAUAAUUUUUAAGGUAUGGGCACAAUAUUGCGCAAAGUGUAGCAUAUUUCCGUUCUUUUAAGCUAUCUAAAUGCGGUCACUUUGACGCAUCCGUUUUGUGAACCGUCUCCGAUGUAACACAGAACGUUUGCGGAUUGAUUAGCACAAUUUGAAUAAACAUUUUCGGUUUCGCAUUAUGCGUGCUGCUGUUUGUAUGUGGUGUAAACACGAUAGCAGGCGCGCAAUUCAACUGUAGGGUAGAUUGUCAUUUUUUUUAUUGUUAACUGAUUUAAAAAGCGUAUGGUGUACGACUUACUAUAGCAAAAUGUAUGUUAUAAUACUGUAUUGUAUCUAAUAAAUAAAUAAGGAUAAAAAUUG